CUUCCCUUCCUCUUUCACCUUCUCCAUCAACAACAAAAUCUUCUUCCUCCUCCUUUUCCCUUUCCUCCUCACAUCUCUCGACUCUUCCCGCCAUCUUACCCAAGCGAGGAACCUUAUUGAGCCAGCCUAUUUUCAUUUAAACGCUGGGCUCCCUUCUACUCAUACUUCUUUGCGCUUCCCCCCCGCACAAGAAUUUGCUGCUGCUGUUCACCUACCAACGCCCCCUCCUACCAAAACAAUACCAGUCACCAUGGCUGAGCGAUACAUCCCCGAGCAUCGCCGCACCCAGUUCAAGGCCAAGAACACCUUCAAGCCUGAGGAGCUUCGUCGCCGCCGCGAGGAGCAGCAGGUUGAGAUCCGAAAGGCGAAGCGUGAGGAGAACUUGGCCAAGCGACGAGGUAUUGGAACCGGUGAGAACCGCCCUGGCGCUUCCCUCGGCGCCGCCCCCGACAGCGAUGAUGAGUCCGCUCCCACCGAGUCUCAGCUGAACGAGGACCUUCCUCAGAUGGUCGCUGGCGUCUUCUCGGAACAGAUCGAUGCGCAGAUCCAAGCCACCACCAAGUUCCGAAAGCUGCUCUCCAAGGAGCGUAACCCCCCGAUCGAGGAGGUCAUCAAGACCGGUGUUGUCAGCCGCUUCGUCGAGUUCCUGCGAUCCCCCCAUACCCUUGUCCAGUUCGAGGCUGCCUGGGCUCUGACCAACAUUGCCUCCGGCUCCGCCACCCAGACACAGGUUGUUAUCGAGGCCGGCGCUGUCCCCAUCUUCGUCGAGCUUCUUGCCAGCCCUGAGCCCGAUGUGCGGGAACAGGCCGUCUGGGCCCUCGGCAACAUUGCCGGUGACAGCCCUCACUGCCGCGACUACGUCCUCAGCUGCGGUGCCCUGAAGCCUCUCCUUAACCUCCUCGGUGAUAGCCGCAAGCUCAGCAUGCUCCGUAAUGCGACUUGGACUCUUAGCAACUUCUGCCGUGGCAAGACUCCUCAGCCCGAUUGGAGCACCAUCGCCCCUGCCCUCCCCGUCCUUUCCAAGCUGGUCUACUCCCUCGACGAUGAGGUGUUGAUCGAUGCUUGCUGGGCCAUCUCUUACCUGUCUGAUGGAUCCAACGACAAGAUCCAGGCCGUUAUCGAGGCCGGCAUCCCCCGCCGACUCGUGGAACUGCUCAUGCACGCCUCCACCUCUGUCCAGACCCCUGCGCUGCGCUCCGUCGGAAACAUUGUCACCGGUGACGAUGUCCAGACUCAGGUCAUCAUCAACUGCGGUGCCCUGCCCUGCCUUCUUUCUCUGCUCAGCUCCACCAAGGACGGUAUCCGCAAGGAGGCUUGCUGGACCAUCUCCAACAUUACCGCCGGCAACUCGUCCCAGAUCCAGGCCGUUAUCGAUGCCAACAUCAUUCCUCCUCUGAUCCACCUUCUCCAGAAUGGUGACCUGAAGACCCGCAAGGAGGCUUGCUGGGCCAUCAGCAACGCCACCUCUGGAGGUCUGCAGAAGCCUGAGCAGAUCCGAUAUCUCGUUGCUCAGGGCUGCAUCAAGCCUCUCUGCGAUCUCCUCGCCUGCCCCGACAACAAGAUCAUCCAGGUUGCUCUCGAUGGUCUUGAGAACAUUCUUAAGAUUGGCGACCUCGACAAGCAGGCUGCUGGCGAGAGCGGUGACUCCAUCAACCGUUAUGCUCUCUUCAUCGAGGAGUGCGGUGGUAUGGAGAAGAUCCACGACUGCCAGAACAACGCCAACGAGGAGAUUUACAUGAAGGCCUACAACAUCAUUGAGAAGUAUUUCUCUGACGAUGAGGAGAACGCUGAUGAGGGUAUGGCCUCGCAGCCCGCCGGCCCCAACGGCACCUUUGGCUUCGGCGCCAACGGUGCUGCCCCCUCUGGCGGCUUCGAUUUUGGCAAGGGCAGCGACGCGAUGGACAUGUAGGGCCUGACCUUGCAGCAGCGUUCUGAGAGGACAAUGCAUGCCUUUUGAUGACUUCCGACUGGAUAUCCGAAACGUGGAGCAGUCUUCAACCCUAGCAUUAUAGUAGCAUCACGACCCCUUACCCAGUACAGUUCUACCAGACUGUCAUUUUACCCCCCACCCCUAUGAUAUCACACACCCCAACCCAACCCAACCGCGUCUUUUUAAUGUAUCUGGAAGGUUUAUGCGAGGGAAAAUCCCAUCCCCGCAGAAUACAGGCCCUAUGGUAGCUUGAAAGCUCCAGCCUGAGAGAGGAAGAAAGUGAGAGAGCGAGGACAGCGGAGGCGCUUCGCAUCUCGAGAGGAGUGCCGGAGAAGUGGCCAAGGUGGACGAGUCGAAGUGGAGGCAGAAGGGCAUCAUGAAGGGUGUUGUCCAGGCCCACAAGACUCGCGCAACACGGCGCCGAAGGAGUCUGGCAGCAUCAUGCAUGAUUGAUGCGAAUGGAGGUGGAACCCCGUGCUAGUGCAUCGGGAGAUUCCGAGAUGAAGCUUGAAAACUGCGGCUGAUUCACUACCAAGUGGUGGUGUGUCUGGUUCAACAGUAGCCGAACCCGUAGUCAACAAAAAUAAGGAGUGUUUGCCCCUCA